AUGCUGAGAAUUUUAGAAGAGGUCGUAGAUCGAGACGGAAGUAUCACAGAAAAAGUAGGGAAGAAAAAAAAUAACAGCACCCAUAAUUCAGAUUUUCUAUUAUAUCCUAAAAUGUCAGGAAGUGGAGAUGUUUUCCAAGACAUGAGUUCUGUACUUGAUGAGCUUCGUGAGAGACGGCAGCUUUGCGAUGGUGUGAUUAGGACUCCUGAUGGUGGAGAAUUUUGGAUUCAUCGAGCAAUCGUCUCCACCGCUGGACCUUUCUUUCGAGCUUUAUUUACUAACUCCUUAUCAGGAGAAGAAAUAAAAGACGUUACGAUUCCAAACGUUACUGCCGAAAUUAUGAGUUUGAUUUUAGAGUAUGCUUACACUAGGAACGUUUCGGUUACUUCAAAUAAUGUAGAGAAACUUCUUCCAGCAGCUGAUCAGUUUCAAGUUGCUGGAAUAGUACGAGAAUGUUGUCGGUUUCUGUCGUGUCAGCUAAGAGUAGACAACUGUGUAGGAAUUUACAAGAUUGCAAAGCAUUACUAUUGCCCUUCUUUAGAGGAAUCAGCAAGAAAAUUUUUGCUUUACAAUUUUAUAAUGGUAUCUAACCGAAGUUCGGAGUUUCCAUUUCUUGCUGUUGAAGACUUGGAGACUCUUUUGAAUACAGAUGAACUGAACAUCAAAGCUGAAGAUCAAGCGUUCAUCGCUGCAAUUCAGUGGGUCGAUCACGAUCCAGAAGACAGGAAACGACAUCUACCGACCUUACUCGGUACCAUUAGGUUUGGACUGUGCAAUUACGGGUAUUUUGUUGACCAUGUCUUCAAACACCCGUAUGUUACAGAGAGCUAUGAAUGCCAGGCUGCGUUAUUUGAAGCGUCUGUGCUUCUUGUAGAAAUGGAAACAAAUGGAUCCAACAGACCUGUUUUAGAAUUUCAGCAUCCACUCUUGCGGCCUCGCGUACCUUACGAGAUCUUGUUUGUUAUUGGAGGAUGGAGUAGUGGAAGUGCCACCAGCUUAGUGGAGACAUAUGACUGUAGGGCGAACCGAUGGUUUUUGAGCACCCACAGCGACACAAUGCCAAGAGCUUAUCAUGGUCUUGUAGCACUAGAAAGUUAUAUCUACAUGGUGGGUGGUUUUGAUGGAAACCAGUGCUUCAACUCUAUGAGAUGUUAUGAUUGUAUAUCACACGAGUGGUCUGAGCGUGCUUGCAUGUAUGUAGCUCGAUGUUACAUCAGUAUUGCUGUAUUAAAUGGACUCAUCUAUGCUCUUGGAGGUUAUGAUGGUCGUAUUAGAACAAACACCGGUGAAAGUUACGAUCCUCAAAGAAAUCAGUGGACUCUAAUAGGAAAUAUGAACCGGCAACGCAGUGAUGCGAGUGCUGCUUCAUUAAAUGGAAAAAUUUAUGUGGCUGGGGGUUUUAAUGGUCAUGAGGUUCUUAACAGUGCUGAAAUGUAUGAUCCACUGACAAACUCCUGGACAUUCAUCAGAAAUAUGUCUUCUCCUCGUAGUGGAGUAAGUUUAACAGCGUAUAAUAACACCCUCUACGUCCUUGGAGGAUUUAAUGGGAUGACAAGGCUAGCCACUGUAGCUAAAUAUGAUGUCACCAGAAAUCAGUGGACUGACCUCCCCGACAUGUUGACUCCUAGGAGCAAUUUCACGACUGGCAUAGUUGACAAUCUCCUCUUUGUAAUUGGAGGAUUUAAUGGGAGCACCACUGUCCCAUACGUUGAAAGCUAUGAUGCUACUAUCAAUGAAUGGAAAGAAGUCACCAGCAUGAAUCUUAACCGUAGUGCCCUGAGUGCAUGCGUACUAGAGGGUUUACCUAAUGCACGAGAAUACACGUUUCUUGGAAAUACACCAUAGCAGAUUAAAAUGGCAUUUGUUUAUGCAUACCUAUUGCGUGAGCAUCCAAACUGCUUGCCAGUCCAAAGAGCACCUGCUAAAUAUAUAUAUAUAUAGUCAGGUGACCCAAAAGAUUGAUUAUAAAUGUCAUAUCACGUAACAUUGUGAGAACAUUUUAAAAUUUGUAUGUAGAAAAGUUUGUUUGUAUAUAUAAAUAUUUACAAUAUGUCUAUUUUUUUUAUA